CUUCCUACACCGUUAUGGGCUUACGCAUGUGUUCAGAGCACGCUUAAAUGGCUAAUUAGCCCAAGUGGCUGCCUAGUCUGAUUUAAUCAGGCAGUAAUGCACAGUUAAUUGAUGUAUAUGUAGUAAUAUUGAUGUUAUGCAGGAAACAGAAACCAAUUGUUACUUACCUUUUAAUGUACUGGAUGUGCUGGUUUACAACAUGCAUAGUAAAGUUUGCUUAACUAUAUAUCUUUGUCUGUCGUGACUACAACACAAAGCAUUUGAAGGAGUAAAAAACAGACGAAGACAUUUGUGUUCAAAAUUGUGUAACUUUUGCUUACACGCCAGAAUGUUGACUUAAUUACAUUUAAACUCGCUCUACCGGUUGUCUGCGGUUUGUUCUUCUGCUGCUCGAAAAUUGAGACUAUCCACCAAGUAGUGUUAUUAACCUGACGUUCAGUACACUAGUCUAACGUUAUAUAUCGAUUUGUACUUCGAGCUCAGAGCAUUUUCUGAAAGAGGGUGUUUUUUUUUGUUUAACAAGGCAAGUCAGUUCUUAAAAUUCUUAUUUACAAUGACGGCCUACGCUGGGCCAAUUGUGCGCCGCCCUAUGGGACUCCCAAUCAUGGCCAGUUGUGAUAGUCUGAAUUUGAACCAGGGUGUCUGUAGUGACACCUCUAGCACUGAGAUGCAGUGCCUUAGACCACUGCGCCACUUAGGAGCCCUAUGGAAAUCUUCAAUAAGAGCGGCACCACAGUCUGAAGACAACCACAUUUCAAUGAGAAACGUGCAAUCAACUUUGCACUCAGUAAUGAAGUCAUUCACAAGAAAGAGAAUCUAAUAAAACUAGACAAUUUUACGGCCUACCCCGGCCGACACUGGGCCAAUUAUGCGCCGCCCUUUGGGACUCCCAAUCACGGCCGGAUGUGAUGCAGCCUGGAUUCAAACCAGGUACUGCAGUGACACCUCUUGCACUGAGAUGGUGCCUUAGAACACUGCGCCACUCAGGAGCCCAAUCUAUCAGAAUGGUAGAUGACAGUUUGAAUAAAUUCGCUAGAAGGCGGAGUUAAAGGGACAAGGUUACUCACAAUAACCAUAGUGCCAUUUCUAUAGGAGUUGAUGUGGUUUCCAAGUCCUCUGUUGCUUAUUCUGACAGGGAGAACUGGAGAAUUACCAGACCCGGUCUGUCAGUCUAAAAUAGUUUGCGAUGUUGCUGGAAAUAAUCCUGGAACCCCUGCGGCUAGGGUGAAUCCCAUCUCUUUUAAAAAAGAGCUUGUUGCUCCCACAGCAAAUCAAAGUUGUCACAAAAAGAGACUCCUGUCGUUGCAAAGUUUCUUUGGUUACUUGUUUAGGACAAAGAGUCGGCUGAAAUGUUCUGAACCCUUCUGGAAGCAUGGGAGGAGGCCAGAGAAAAUUAUUCUCUUCCCUGUGCUAGCGAGGGUCUUUAAAAAAAAUGUAGUCCUGCCUCAGAUCGCCUAAAAUGAAGGUUGUUAAAACCUACGUAAGUGACAGUGUCAAUAUUGGAGUAUUUGGCCAGAACCGUGAUCCUGCCGCUGGCUUUUGGUAUACACCCAGGACCCGUGCUGACUCCUGGGGCUGGUAGAUCUGUCUCAGGCAGGGCAAAGCUGUUUGAUAGCUGGAUUGGAUCUUCUCGAAUAGAUGGGUUCCCAGACUGCCUUCAUGAUCUCCUACGCCUUGCGAGUGUCCAGUCUCCCAUGGGCCGCAGAGUUGAGCUUCACGUCUGUCCGUUUGAUUGGGACAGAUCAACACUGCCCAACUCGGCUUUCCUAUAGGAGGCUGGCUCUCAGCCCAAGUACCCUGCCACAAACCUGGCCCUACAGAACUUUGAUGCCACCUACAGCUUACAGCUGGGAGAGCAGUGGCCCUCUGUCCGCGUCAGCAUGCUUUGUGAGCAGAAGUACGGAGCCCUGGUAAACAAUUUCUCCACCACAGAAGGGGUCAUCGCAGACCUGCAGUCCCAGGGAUGUAGAGACUUUGUCUGCCAACCAGUUGGUGUAGGAGGUCUGGAGAGACUGCAGGCGCCUGGAUUUCCUCUCCACGAUAACCCUUCAACCCUCGAGUCUGUUGGUGUCAGUCAAGAUGUGGCUCCUCCUCGCCUCCGCACCAAUAUCAAGUGCUUUGUUUUCCCCGGGGGAGACAUCUCCAGAUUCAAGCCUUCUAGACCCGACUUGUAUGGGAUGCUUGGGUACUACCUCAUGGAUGCGGCAUCCGUUUUGCCUGCCCUGGCCCUGGAUGUCCAGGAAGGACACUCUGUGCUGGACAUCUGUGCCGCCCCAGGGGGCAAGACCCUGGCCCUGCUCCAGACACAGGCCAUCCGAUUUCUGUGCGUCAAUGACAUCUCAGUGUCUCGUACCUACCGCCUCCAGCGGGUCCUCAACAGCUACGUUCCGAAAGAGCUUUUGACAGAAGAAAGAAUGCGCAUUACUUCCUUUGAUGGCAGGAAAUGGGGAGAAAUUGAAAGGGACACCUUUGACAGAGUCCUUGUUGAUGUUCCCUGCACCACAGACAGACACUCUGUCAUGGAGGAUGAAAACAACAUUUUCAAGAGGGCCAGGACAAAGGAGAGACAGAGGCUGCCCCAGCUGCAGACAGAACUCCUCCUUGCUGGUAUUGAGGCGGCUCGUCCGGGGGGACAGGUGCUCUACUCCACCUGCUCCCUGUCCCAGCUGCAGAACGAGUAUGUGGUGGAGCGGGCCAUGCACCUGGCCCGGGAGGAACACGGCAUCAGCCUGCAAGUAGUCGACCUUCGACCCAUCACACGCCUCUUUAAGGACACCUUCCACUUCGCCCCCGACCUCCACUUGGGACAGCUGGUCCUUCCUCACCUCACCGCUAACUUUGGGCCCAUCUACAUGUGCAAGCUACGGAGGUUAAACUAGAACUGAUGGACAUGAAUUUAAUUCCCUUCACUACAACUUUAUUUAUCCUUUCAGGGGCAACCUGAUUUAAUCGGUCAUAACGUCUGACUUUUCGUAUUUAUGUAUUAAUGUGAAGCACCGCAAAUAAAUAAGUUGAUUAAUGGACUAAAAAAAUUAUAACUGUUUCAACAUUCAAUUUUCAGUGGACUUAUACAUUUUUAUGCAAUGUUGCUUUUGGCCUCUAGUUGUCAGUAUUAGACAGUUAUACAAGUCGGUGCUCUCUUUGUAUAGAAAACAGAGGAGACAAAGUUACUGGACCCAUGAGGAUAAACUCAAAAUAUUGCUCUGUCCAACUCUUAUGGAAUGGGUGAAAAGCAGAAAGUUUAUUUGGUUUUAGAGCAAUCAAAUAGAUUUUAUGAAGCCCUUUUUACAUCAGCAGUUGUCACAAAGUGCUUUACAAGAAACCCAGCCUUAAACCUUAAAGAGCAAGCAAUGACGUUGCGGAAGCACAGGGCUCCGAACCCUGUUCCUAGAGAUACCAUUCUGUAGGUUUUCUCUCCAACCCCAGUUUUAACUAACCUGAUUUAAUUUUAUCAACCAGCUGAUUAUUACAAUCAGGUGUGCUAGGUAAGGGUUUGACCGAACACCUAGAGGACGGUAUCUCUACAGGAACAGGGUUGGAGAGCCCUGUUCUAGGUCAUUAUGCCCAAUCACCGAGGUUAAACAAAUAAACCAAUCCCAGCCACUGAGGUAGAACAAUAAACCAAUUCAAGUCUGUU